AUUGUGCAAAUCCCAACUAUGAAGCUAAAUUACUGUUUUAAGAUUCCGCACGAUUUGCAUAUAAGGAUCAUGACAAAAAAGAAAAAAAACAUCACCAUAAACAUAGAUCAAAAGAUAAAAGACAUAAAAAAGAAAAGCCUUAUAAACCACCUACUUUGUAUGAAGAAGAAGGGGGCUGGAUACCACCUGCUACUUCAUAUAAAGAUGACGAAGAAGAAUCAGCUUGGCGAGCUCAUUUAUUCGAUGCAAUGAUGGAUGACGAAGGACAAGAUCCAUUCUAUUCAAGUUAUAAUGAAUAUAGUAAUAACUCGAGUCAACCAGCGUUGAUGACAGAUGAAGAGUAUCGACAAUAUAUUGUAGAUGGUAUGUAUCGUCGUAAAAAUGCGGAUAAGAUCGCUGAGGAGGAACGACAGAAAGCAGCUAAAAGAAAGGAACAAAAAGAAAGAGAAAAGAGAAGAAGAGAAGAGGAGAGAAGAGAAUCAGAACGUAUUCGACUUGAAAAUAUCGUUCGACAGUCAGAGAAAUUAAAGAAAAUAGAAGCUACCCACAUAGAAUAUGAUAAUAAAUGGAAAAGAUUAGAAGAAGAUAUGAGCAAAAUAUUACAUAAGAAAGAUAUUCCAUGGCCUAUUGUAGGCAAAGAGUUUAGUCUAGAAUCAUUAAAAUCGUUUGUUAUUGAUUCAAGGUUAACAUCUGAAGAAAAUAAGAAGAAUGUGCGUAAAGAACAAACAAGAUAUCAUCCUGACAAGUUUAUUACAAGAUAUAUGAAACGAUUUGAAGGUUCAGAAAAGGAAAAGGAUACAGUAUUAAAACGUAUUAAUGAAAUAUCGAGUUGGUUAAAUGAAAUAUGGUCUCAAAUCUCUAAUAAGAAUUAAUCAUCUUGUACCAGUCUCCAAAUACGGACGAGACCAUCAUCCCCUACUGUACAUAACCAAUCACCAUGUUUUUCUGUAGGGAACCAUGUUACCCCGUUAAUAUCAUAUACACCAUGCGCAUUCUCUAUAGUGGCUAUAUUUUUAUAACUAGCCGAAUCUUCUUCUUGUAUUUCUUCCAUAUCCUUAAAUAACACAUCAUAUUAAAAUAAAGUACUUUAUCUAUACAACUCUU